UUGCCGUUUAUAUGUAAUUGGAAGUUAACACACACGAGACUCUCCCUCUCUCAAUGGCUUCAACUGUCUUUUCUCCUCCUUUUACAAGUCAUCCCCUUACCGCAAAAAUCUCAUCAUCUCCUUCACUCUCUCUAUCUCCAACAUACCUUCUAUCCCCAAAAUGUAUUUCCAUUUCUACCAUCCAAUUCCAUCCAAGAAAAUCCUCUUCUUCCUCUUUUAUAAAAAUAACAAAGCUCAGAAGCAUAACCCCUUUCGGCCCACGCAGAGGAGUUGUUAUCUGUUCUGCUGCUUCUUCAGCUUCUCUGCCAUCAGCUCUCCUAUUUGACUGUGAUGGAGUGCUCGUUGACACUGAGAAGGACGGCCAUCGCAUUUCCUUCAAUGACACUUUCGCUGAGAGGGAAUUAGGUGUUGUCUGGGACGUGGAUUUGUAUGGUGAGCUGCUCAAAAUUGGGGGUGGAAAAGAGAGAAUGACAGCAUAUUUUAACAAGACAGGAUGGCCAGACAAAGCUCCCCAGACUGAUGAAGAAAGAAAAGAAUUCAUAGCUUCCCUUCACAAAAGGAAGACGGAAUUGUUUAUGGCCCUUAUCGAGAAGAAGUUGCUGCCUCUUCGACCUGGCGUUGCAAGGUUGAUUGAUGAGGCUUUGGCAAAAGGAGUCAAAAUUGCUGUAUGCAGUACUUCAAAUGAGAAGGCGGUAUCAGCCAUAGUUUCCUUUCUACUGGGCCCUGAUCGAGCAGAGAAGAUUGCAAUAUUUGCUGGAGACGUGGUUCCUCGUAAAAAGCCUGAUCCAGCCAUCUACCUAUUAGCAGCCAGCACUUUGGGUGUUGAUCCAUCAAGUUGUGUUGUGGUAGAGGACAGUGCCAUAGGUCUUGCAGCAGCGAAGGCUGCAGGAAUGAAGUGCAUUGUAACAAAAAGCGGUUACACAGCUGGAGAGGACUUCUUGACUGCAGAUGCAGUCUUCGACUGCAUUGGUGAUCCUCCCGAGGAGCGCUUUGACUUGGCAUUCUGCGCCAGUCUUUUGGAGAAGCAAUAUGUGAGCUAGUAGAUCUCUCUCCUCCCUCCCUCUCGCUGCGUUUCAUUAUAGAUUUGUCUUUGCAAUUGUGUUCAUGUUGGGGUCAUGUUAUCCAGAUCAGAGAGCAAGCAGUUGAGAAAUGUAAUUUUUUUUUAUGUCAUCACAUUGCAUUUUAUGGAAAAUCAUGUUGUCUUGAA